UUUUAUGGCAAAAGGCAUAUAUGUACAACAGCAGCAGCGUUGAAGUUACGAAAGGCAACAAAAUAUACUAAAAAACAGUAACAAAUUGUACCAUCCAACAACAAAUAGUAUAAAGCAUAUAAGCUAUUAAGGCAUAUAACACACAUACUAACGCCACAUGUGUCAUAUACCCAAUGUGUAACGUAUUUACUUGCCUAGUGAGAGCACAUUUAAAUUAUGGUAAGAGUAUGGUUAUAAUACAAGAGCGCCGCAGAGAGGGAGAGCAUUGUUUUUUGUUUUUGUAAACAAUACAGAUAGAAGAGUAGAAGCAUCGUCAAACGGGCAUCGACGGGCAUAUAGCCACUAUCCGAAUUGAAUUCAAUAGCCUUUGCAAAGGCAAUUGCCAUAGCAUUCAUACGUUCAUUCGUUGUUGGUAUACGACGCUCUGUGUGUAUUGUGUUAUAUUUUCAAUAUAGCUGAAGCGACAAGCAUUGAAUUCACUAUAGAGCUAUAGCAAGCAAGCAAGCACACGGUAAACGGUUGGACUAUCAGCUCAGCCCAUACACAGUAUACAAGACUACGGCACAGUAAAAGCAAAGCAAGCGGCAGCGCAUUUGUUGGAGAUUAUACAAUUCACAACAAGCAAUUCAGCGCGAAGCAAAAAUAUAAGCGAGAUUGCCUGAAUAGCAUUGCAAAGUAGCAGAAGCAGCAACGCCAUAGCAGUCAGCUAUAGACGUCGUCGACUCUACAAUAUAAAAAUACAAUAUACAACGGCUAUACGGACCACGGGGCUACGACGUCGAUACUCGUGUGAGAAAUACGACGACGCAGCGGAAUACGACCAUAAGCGAUUGCAUAUGCGGAUAGAAGUGAAGUGUACAGUAGCAGCAGCGAACACAGCAGCAGCAGAGCCAGCUAUAGAGGAGUAACGUAACGGCUGGUUAUACGAAACGACAUUAUACACAAUACAUGCUAUAGAUCAGGGGCAAAGCUGUACCCACAGUAUAGAGUCAUAGUAACGAGCAUUGCUGCUAUUACAGAAUCGGUGCAUAGAGCUCUACAUCUUGAGCUACAAACUAUAGGCGAAACGAAACAAGCGUAUAGCGAAAACAAAAAUAAAAAAAAACAGCGCAUACCAACUGAGUAUCGGAGCAAUUCUUUAUAUGUAUGUGCGAACGCUUGUUGGAAUUUGUGAGUAUUGAAACGCGAAGAGAGAGGGUGAGAGAGUGUAACUACGUGAAGCAUUCAUGAAGGGAAGUAGAGUGUUGAAGAGGAAACUUUGAUAUAUCAUUUUUGUACGACGGGGCGAACGGGUGUACAAAGUAAAGCAAGUGAACAGUGAGUGCCUGUGGUUUUUCCUUUUUGGUCGCACAAAUUGUUGAGAAGACUAAAAGUAGAGACGCAUUUUAUAUGCGUAAAAACAAAUAAGUGGUUUUGUGUGUGAUUGCAUAAAGCGAUUUGGUGUAGUGUUUGUAAAAGAACUGUGCAAAGGAGUGAAAAAAGAGGGUCGUCGCGCGCGCGAAUAUUUCCCCUAAGCGAUCCCCCUAUAUAAUAUAUAUCUAUCACGAGUGUUGGUAGUAGACGCACAACGAAAGUAGUGUGUGAGAGCGUACAAAGGAGUGAGAGGAGAGACAUUUUUAUUCUUCGUGCGCUGUGCAAGCAAGCAAGCGGCAUCAGCAGCAUUCGAAUACAUUGUUGGUAUUGUAUAAUUUUAUAAUACGUGGAGUGGCGAACGGCGGCACAUUGUUGAACAACGCAACGUAAACGCCUAAAUAAAGUAUAGCCAUAGCAUUUGUGUAUAGAGCUAAAGCCUUAUUACAGCUAGCAGCAGCAACAUAGGAAACAGCGACAGCAACAACAACAACAGUAAUAAUAACGACUACAGCAGCAGCAGUAACAACUAUAGUGACGCAGUAAAGCAGCAGCAGCAGCAAAACAACAACACAACACAUAGUUGCAGUAUGGAGCACUUUCAUCAGAUUCAGCAAACUCUUCAACACUAUCAGCAGCAGUUGGCUGCGCAGCAACAGCAGCAGGCAGUACAACAACAACAAUUACAGCAACAGCAGGCCCAUCAAGUGGUCGUGCAACAAAAUCAACAGCAAGCACAUCAAAAUAAUGCCAACACCACUUCUGGUGUAGGCACCCAACAGUUAUUUACCUAUAAAAUGGCCAGUAGCUUCCCAAAUCCAGCCACGACCAUGGCACAGGUGGUCGCUACCUCAAAUGCGGCCGGUUCAACCGGCUACGAUUAUCGUCUUAAUAUGGCACAAGCAGCUGCAGCGGCAGCGGUACCCGGUUCACAAUGGUGGUAUUCGGCUGCGAAUUCUGGACAGAUAGAUGCCAACACCGCCGCACAGUUACAGCAACAGCAACAACAACAGCAGCAACAGGCACAGCAACAGCAGCAACAGCAACAACAACAGCAGCAGCAACAGCAAGCGGCUCAGCAACAGCAACAACAGGCUCAACAGCAGCAACAGCAACAACAACAGCAGCAGCAGCAACAGCAACAACAGCUACAGCAGCAACAACAGAAUGCUACAGCGAGCACGAUGAUUCGUGGUGCUAAAGCUGAUGCGAAGCCCCGAGGCCGUAUGACAGCGUACGCUUACUUUGUACAAACAUGCCGAGAGGAGCACAAGAAGAAGCAUCCCGAUGAGACAGUCAUCUUUGCCGAAUUCUCCCGAAAGUGCGCUGAGCGAUGGAAGACAAUGGUGGAUAAGGAGAAGAAGCGCUUCCAUGAGAUGGCCGAAAAAGAUAAGGCGCGAUAUGAGAUGGAGAUGCAAAAUUAUGUACCGCCCAAAGGAACCGUGGUAGGACGUGGCAAGAAGAGGAAAAUGAUUAAGGACCCGAACGCGCCGAAAAGAUCAUUAUCUGCAUUCUUCUGGUUUUGCAAUGAUGAACGUAACAAAGUUAAAGCUGCGAAUCCAGAGUACGGUGUUGGCGAUAUAGCCAAGGAGCUCGGCCGUAAAUGGUCCGAUGUGGAACCAGAGGUUAAACAAAAGUACGAGUUAAUGGCUGAGAAGGACAAGGCGCGCUACGAGCGGGAAAUGACCGAGUACAAAACUAGCGGGAAAAUACCGAUGUCCGCGCCUUCAAUGCAAGCACAGCAGGCUGCAGCGCAGAAAGCCGCGUUACUUGCUGCAAGUUCGCAGCAGCAUGAGGAGCAUGGAGACGAUGAUGGCGACGGUGAUGAUGAUGAAAAUCAAUAGAUUUAAGCAAAUACAAAGUAACCAAGAAAAAGUAGAAGGAGGAGCAUAUAAGAUAUAAAAAAAACAAAAGAAAAAUAAACAAAAAAAGAAAGAAUUAACAAUUUUCCACUCAAAAAUGAAAAUGGAACUUAUAUAACGUAAUAUUUAAGUGAAUAAAACCAGAAAUAUUGAAUGAGACAUAAAAAUCAAGCAAAAAGUAACAAAUAUUAAAACAAUAAAACAGACGAGAAUUAAAAACAAAGUUAUGAAAUUUAACAGGGAGAAAGUACAUACAACUAUGUAAAAUACAAAACGUAUGUAUGCCGCAAAUGCAAAAUCAAAGCUAAAAGUAGUUGUAGCUCCAGCAAGCACUAUCAAGGGAAUCCAAGACACAAUAUGCUGUACUAAAAAAGUAACAAUACUUUAAAUCAACACUGCUUUUAAAAAUCAUGGCGGCACAUACAACCGAGACAAGUACGUACAUCAUGCAUUCAUUUGUUAUUAAAAUUCCAUUAAACCAUCAACCAACUGCAUAAAGUUUUUUAAAAAGUGAAGACUCCAAAUAAACUACUCCCCAAAACAAAAAUUACUACUCAUUUUGAGUGUUGGAAAGCACACAAGCAAUCAACACAACAGCAAAUAUUACAAAAAAAAAAAAACAAAAACAACACAAAACAUGACUCACCAAUAAUAGCUAGUUGACAUCGUUUAAAGAGUAGAAAUAGCGGCAUCUUUGAAUAAUAAUGGCAAACAACUCAGAUACGAUUAUUUUAUAAUUAAAAAUAUUGUUUCGAUUAAUUUGAUUUAUUGUAACAUUAGCAAUAAAUGUUAGGAUUAAAGAGAGACACUCAUAGUUUAGGGGCAAAUAAGAAGAAAAAUAAAGAGAAAAUAUAAUGAAAAACUCAAUAUUAAAGUGGCGUAUGGGCUUGACUUAAAAUGCCAACGCAUUAGAAUUUAUUAUUUUAUCAUCGUACCGAUUAUUAUUGGCAGUUAUUAUUAUUAUUUUUCAAAACUAGCAUUUAAUGUUGAUAUAAAACGAAAUUACAAAAUUAAAAUAAAAACAAAAAAUAGAAAUACCAAUUUUUCGUUCGUUUAGCGUGUAUAAACAAAAUACAUAUUUUUUAUUUACCAUUUCAAAAUCAUACAACAUAAACAUUUAAAGAAAUGUUUAGAAAAAACUUAAGGACAACUGAAAAUAAAAAAUAUUUUGAAAUAUUUUUAUAAAUACAUAAGUGCGGUUGAAUUUCUGUAUGAAAACUAUGUACGAGUAUCUCGAAUGUGAAUAUAUUUUGAGGCGAUUAUUACAUAUAUUACAUACUAUGUAUAACUGCUAGCCACAAUACAUGCAUAUAUGAAUAAGCAACAGUUAUAUAGUUGUAUACUACACUCAUACAGCAGCAAAAAAAUACAAUAAGAAACAAUAUAAUAAAUUUAUAUAAUGUACGAUAAGAUUUAGAAUAUACGUAUGGUGAAAACCCAAAAAAACUAUGCAAUUUUUUUCACAAAUCACUUUUGGCAAUCGCUUGGGGUUUAAAAAAUUUGACGAAUUCUUUCAAAAUUUGAUUUUUCGUAACAUUUUUGAAAACAUGAAGACAAUAGUGUUUAUUUCAUAUUUUCCGUAAUAGUAUAUGACCAUUUUUGUGCAAACGAAAAUUUAAUAUUUGAAAACUUAUUAAAUUUAAUCACUACAAGUGCGUUUUAUUCGCGGUAUGAUUACUAAAGCUUCACUCAGAAUAUUUUUAAAUUAAACAAAUACACUUUCAAAUAAUUUGAGUUCAAAAUACCUUUUCUCUUUCCGGUAAGUUCAUGGAAAAACACUUCAAAAAAAUAAAAAGGGACAUCUGCAGGUAUCAAGAUAGUGUAAAUAGAUUAUCUAAAAUUAAUAUUGAAACUUAAGGGAAUAGUCGAAAAACAUAUGUAUAUGAACGAAAGAUACAAGUUUUAAUUUGCAGAGAACGGGUGGUAAACUUAUUGAUUAAUGUUUUGCGAAAACGGAAAACACCUUUUAUUUGCAUUUAAUUGUAUGACAUAAAAAACGAUAAAAAUUUAUUUUAGGACUAAUGUCUAAAAUUUAUGUUUGUUGCACAUGUAAAAACGAUAUACAUAUAGAGUUGGGGAUGUUCGGGCAAGCAAAUAACAGCACGAAUAUUGCGACACUGUUGUUUUUCUGCAGAUAGUGCAACAUUUUUUGGUCGAAUAUGACACCUUGCCGCAGUGAUUGAGAGUCGAACAUCCUCUUUGCUUGCAAUCAUCAUGUUUGAAAUUCAGUUAAUAUAUAAUCAUAAAGAUUUAACUUUGUAGUUAUAUUAUAACUUUUUGAAAGCAAUAGAGAUGAAGCCAACAUUUUGGGUGUGUUCAAGCAUUUAUUUGUUUAAAAUGUGCAGUGAUGUAAUUUUUUGUGCAAAAUACUAUACAUUUCGAUUAUUUAUGGCAACCAAUUUUUUUUGUCGUCGUCAACAAUAUUAUAUAAAAUGCAAAGUUAAAUUCUUUCCUUAUUCUCAUAUCUUUAAAUACAAAUUUUAUUUUGUUUAGCUAACUAUUUUUCAGAAGUAUAUUUCUUAUGGUUAUUUGCAGGAGGAGGUAUUUGUUUAUUGGUCAUGACGACAAGAAAUAAAUUUAAAACGCCAAAUUAAAAAAAAAUAAUUGACCAUUCAUUUAUCAUAAUAAAAUUGACAGUUUUUACUGCUUUAAAUUGCCACACAGUUGCACAUUUUAAUAAUGGUAGCUUUUACCCUAACAAUGUUGUAUAACUCAUUUAUUGCUUUCGAUUUCUUUAUAAUCUUUUGUUGUAAUUAGCACUAUUGGUUUUUUUUUAAUGGUACACAUUUAAAAUUUUUACAAAAGUCAAAAUUAGUAUAGUUCUUUAAUUUUUUGUGAUUUUCGUAUUAAUGCCUGCCACCGCGUUCAUCUUCAGUUAGUUCGUGUACUACUCGGUAUGUGCAUAUUACUAGUAUACCGAACCUCUUGUAUAUAUGUAUGUAUAUAAUUAUACAAUGCAUUAUACGUCGUAUGUAUGCAUUUUUCAUUCAAACCACAUAAAACAUAAAAAAAUAACGGAUAAAAUUAAAAAUUAUGUAAAAAAAUGAAUAUGAAAUGCAAACUACUUCAGGCUCGACAGAUUCCUAUUAAAUUUAACGGUUAUAAAAAAUCAAAUGUCAAAGAAUUGCAGUAGAGGACAUACGUACAUAUACACUCACGUAAAUUUACUACAUAAUGUUAGGUAAUAUUAGUAAUAAAAACAAAAAGAACUUUAAUUGAAAGUAAUCACAAAAACAAGCAAUGAUUUUAUGUACAUACAUAUGCAGACCGAUUAGGAAUAAUGCGACCUCAAAGUUUUGGGAUUAUUCAUGUACAUAUGUACGUAUACAUACGCUUAUUCGAUUGCAGUUAUUGACAUAUGAAGUUGUCAGUUUUUUUAUGUUUUACAAUUUUUUGUCGUACAUUAUAUUAUAUUUAUAGUUAAAACGCGUUUUCUUUAUCAAGAAGGAUUAAGUAAACAGUUGAAUUUCGCAGCAGAGGAGAAGUCUGUGCAUGGCUGCUUUAUGCAUUUAACUCAAUUUUACUUUCGAAGAUUACUAAGAUGAGAUUUUAUUUUUAUUAAUCACAAGUUUUUAUUAAUUCAUCGUAAACAUAUGCAUAUUGCCUAAGACGUACAUAUGUACAUUCUUAUAUACACUCAUAUGUAUAUUUUUUAUGCCUCUAAAUUAGUUUUGCUCUCUCUCGAAAUCCUUGGCAAAUAAUGAACACCAAACUUUCACUACAAUAGAAAGCAAUAUACACAUACACACAUGCAUAUAAUCAAAGUCUAAA